UCAGUCCUUCACUCUCUCACUCAAACUCCUUUUUCAUUACUUUCCUCUUGCUUUAGCCUUUAGUUAAUUACCCUCUUUUAUUCUACUUCUCUCUACAACAAUUGUCGCAAGAAUUCUGAAUUUGACAACUAAAGAUAAUAUUAUGGCUCUUGAAGCUUUGAAAUCACCUACGACGGCAACGCCGACUCUACCACCACGUUAUGUAGAUGUUGAUGAAAUUCAUAAUUUGGAUUCUUGGGCUAAAGGAAAACGAUCGAAACGACCCCGUAUUGAUACCCCACCAACUGAAGAAGAGUAUUUAGCCCUCUGUCUGAUCAUGCUCGCUCGCAGCGGAAACGGAACCGGACCCGGUUUAACUGAUGCUGCUACUAUUUCACAACAAACAUCCGAGAAAAAAACCGCCGAGUUGCCACCGGUUCAUAAGAAAGAGGUGUCAACAGAGCAAACAGAGCAAUCUUACAAGUGUAGCGUGUGUGACAAGGCUUUUUCUUCUUAUCAAGCACUCGGUGGGCAUAAAGCAAGUCACCGUAAAAUUACUACUACUACCACCGCCGCCGCCUCUGAUGAUAACAAUCCUUCAACUUCAACUUCCACUAGCGCCGUUAAUAUCUCUGCUCUUAAUCCAACUGGUCGUUCACAUGUCUGUUCUAUUUGCCACAAGGCUUUUCCUACUGGUCAAGCUUUGGGUGGGCACAAGCGCCGCCACUAUGAAGGCAAACUCGGUGGUAACAGCCGCGACUUAGGCGGCGGCGGCGGCGGCGGUCAUAGUGGAAGCGUCUUGACUACUUCAGACGGAGGCGCGUCGACUCACACGCUUCGUGACUUUGACCUGAACAUGCCUGCUUCGCCGGAAUUGCAACUGGGUCUGAGUAUUGACUGCGGACGGAAAAGUCAACUGUUGCCGAUUGACCAAGAGGUGGAAAGUCCCAUGCCUGCAAAGAAACCGCGUUUAUUGUUUUCGUUGGGUUGAAAAUUCUUUAGGAGAAUUGAAUUGAUUGUGUUUUUAGCCAAAUUAGUAAAUUGGUUCAUGUGAUUUUAUUUUUAUUUUUAGGAAAAGGAAUUAUUGAUUGUUUUACCCUUUUAUUCUUCGGGUGCUAUUGUGUACAGGGAGUAGGUCAUUCAUUGGUUUUACACACUCUUAAUUAUAUAUUCUUUUUUUAAAAAUUUUA